CGUUGGUGCGUAUGCAUAAAUUGAAAAAGCAAAAGGGCUAAAAGUGCAAAAAUGUGGACAAGAUGGCUUGCCUCCAACCCAACGCCAAGGGUCAAGGCUGCGCUCAUGAUUCAACCAACUUCACUACUGUCACCACCGCCACGAAUCCUCCCCUCCCGUCCCGCCUGCCUCCGCCCAAACGUCACCAUGAGCACCGACCUUGAUCAAUCCACCCAUCUCAACGAAAUAUUCAAGCAAAAAGGGAUUCUUCGAACCCAAGUCCGCAAGGCCCUCAAGUUCAUGGAUCCGUCCCUCCGAUCCCAAGAAGACAAUGCAAUCCAGAGUAUUGUCUUAGAAGCUCCAUGGUUCAAGUCUAGCCGGAGUUUAUGUGCUUAUAUAAGUUGCACCUCUCUACGGGAGGUUGAUACGUCGAAAUUGUUGACGGAAAUUCUGCGGAAUCCGGCCAAAGAUGGUUGUGCUCAGACUGGAAAAAAGCUUUAUGUUCCGAGGGUGGAGGACAAGAAUAGUCAUAUGCGAAUGCUCAACAUCUCAAGCAUGGAUGAUCUAAUUGCAAACUCAAUGAAUAUUUUAGAACCUGCUCCAGAAGAUCAUGUUGGAAAUGUGCGGGAAGAUGUAAUGCAGGCAAAUGUCCCGGUUGAUUUGUUCCUCCUGCCUGGACUCGCUUUUGACAAAUCUGGAAGACGCUUGGGCCGUGGUGGAGGUUACUAUGACACCUUUUUGAGGAAGUAUCAAGAGCUAGCAAGGGAGAGGAAUUGGAAGGAUCCUCUUUUUGUUGGACUGUCUUAUUCUCUGCAAAUCAUGGAUGAAGGAGUUAUACCAGUAACUCUGCAUGAUGUAUUGGUGGAUGCUCUUGUGACUCCAUCUGGCGUGAUUCCUAUUAGCCCAUCUGCUAUAGAAAGAAUGCAGAAUUGAUGUUGGAUGUUGAAGCCACAUUUGAAUGCUUUCUUGAAUGGAAUCCUAAGAUUUGAUUUUGGUUUGUAACCUAACAAGGAGGAUGAUAUGUUCUUAAGUGCUUGAAAUAUUAGGUUGGUGCCAUCAUAAAGAUUCUCAUGUGCCAUUGCAGGAGGCCAUAACUAAUUUUCCAAGGAGGAUGAACCAUAUAGAAACAGAAUGCGAUUUGUAUUUGUUGAAUGAAGCAUCAAACUUGAUGUGUUGUAAAUAUGUAUUAGAAUAAAGGAUUUUUGUUCGAUGUUCAA